AUGGUGGCGGUGGGCGCCGGUGACGACGGCUGGGCGCGGCUCACCUCGCGCUCUGACUCCGCGGAGGGCCAGGGGCGGAGGCAGGAAUGGGAGGUGGAGUUCGCCCGCUACUUCGCUUCCCCCCUGCGCGACACGUCGCCGCCGCCGCCGCCGCCGCCCGGCGUCCGUUACGUCACCAGCGCCACGGAUUGCCAUCCCGGCGCCUGGCUCCCAGCCGCCACGCCUGCCGCUCUUCGCGUCUCCCGCUCCAGCCACCCCUCCGCGGCCCCAGUCCUCACCGUCUCCGUCGUCGGCGUCGUCUUCGAGGAGCACUUUGUGUCUAUCCUCAACUUCUCAUGGCCUCAGCUCACAUGUGGGGGACAAUGCCCAGGAAGUGGGAGCAGGGUGCUCUUUGUGAGCUUUUGUGAUAAAUCCAAGCAGAUACAGAAGUUUGCUCUACGUUUCCCACAGCUCAGUGAUGUGGAGUCGUUCUUAAAUUGUGUGAAGGAAUGCUUAGGUGACACCAUGGAUAUCGCAUCAUCUGGAUGCGACUACAUAUGUGAAGAUUCAUCAUCACGAUCAGAAUAUAUUGCUUCCAAUGAACUUCCCCACAGCUUUGAGGAGCCAGCUUCAGAUCACAGGACAGAGGCACCAGCAUUAUGCUACCAUGAGGAACCAGACCUGCCUGUUUCUGAACCUCUCCUUACUUCCAACAUUGACAAUAUCAACUCUGGUUUCCCUCUUAGUUUCACUGAAAUGCUGACAAAUUUGUCAACUGAGACUAAAUAUGCAUUGUGCAUGUACGGAUCAGAUGCGGUGGACCUGCAUCAACUGGGUGGAACUGACCAUCCUCAAGAGGUAAUGUAUGGCGGAUCAGAUGCGGAGGACCUGCAUCAAACUGACCAUCCUCAAGAGGUAGUGCAUGCCGGAUCAGAUGCGGAGGACCUGCAUCAAACUGACCAUCCUCAAGAGGUAGUGCAUGCCGGAUCAGAUGCGGAGGACCUGCAUCAAACUGACCAUCCUCAAGAGGUGUUCACACAAGACACUUGUCAUGAUGUAUUUCCUUCAAUGGCAGCUGCCUGUAAUGAAAAUACUGCUGAUAAAGAAACUGAUACUAGCAAGUCAACAAAAGAAAUUGAUACUAGUAAAUCAACAAGUGAUAUUAUGGCAAGGAUAAAGACAUAUAUGGCUGACGAGUCAUUCCAUGAUAUGCUGUCCAAGCUUGAGAGAGUCAUUGAUGAACUGGGUGUGGACUUGUCAGUCUACUCCUAG